CGGUGAAAUUCCUGGCGGGGGGAGCAGGAGGUGGCGGCGCUGAGGGCUCGGAGCAGGAGGCGGAGGGCGGCUCGGAGCCACGGCCGCGCUGCCCUGCCCGGGACCCUGCGUGCUGUGGCGGCCGGCGCCGAGCCAGACCCCCGCCGGGCGCGGAGCGGACGGGCUGAGGGACGCUCGCCGCCACCUCUCGCAGCGCCAGGAGCCGCGCCGUCCCCGCCGCCGCUGGGACUCCCUCCCCGGGCAGAGCGGGGGAGAAUGACGGAGCUCCAGUCCGCCUUGCUACUGCGGAGACAACUAGCAGAGCUCAACAAAAAUCCAGUGGAAGGCUUUUCAGCGGGCUUAAUAGAUGACAAUGAUCUUUAUCGAUGGGAAGUCCUUAUUAUUGGUCCUCCAGAUACACUAUAUGAAGGUGGUGUUUUCAAGGCUCAUCUUACUUUUCCAAAAGACUACCCACUGAGGCCGCCAAAAAUGAAAUUCAUCACAGAAAUCUGGCAUCCGAAUGUUGACAAGAAUGGCGAUGUCUGCAUUUCAAUUCUUCAUGAGCCUGGAGAAGACAAAUAUGGCUAUGAAAAACCUGAGGAACGCUGGCUUCCCAUUCACACAGUGGAAACUAUCAUGAUUAGUGUUAUUUCUAUGCUGGCAGAUCCCAAUGGUGAUUCUCCUGCUAAUGUUGAUGCAGCGAAAGAAUGGAGAGAAGACAGAAAUGGAGAAUUUAAAAGAAAAGUUGCCCGCUGUGUAAGAAAAAGCCAAGAAACUGCUUUUGAGUGACACUUAUUCAGCAGCUAGUAGCUUCACUUUUUUCAGGGUCUCCAAUUGAGAAACAUGGCACUGUUUUUUUUCCUGCACUCUACCCACCUAUUGCUGGACUUCUGUUGUUACAAGUUGGCAAACACUGGCUGGAACUGGGCUGCAAUAAAACAUGCCAGUUAUCAAUGCUGACAAGAGCCUAACAAGUGCCAACACAAGAUGAUUACGCAUUUUGAAAUCUAAAGAACUGCUUUAACCUUCAGGAAGAAUUGUAAAGAUGUGUACAUAGCACAACAUGAUCCGGAUAAUAUAUAUACUGUUCAUGUACAUCCACAAAUACACAUUGUACCAAAUAAUGCUGUCUGUAGUUAGGGAUAGAAUUGUGUAAAUUCUAAAGAUUUUAGCAGGUUUUUUCUCUCCCUAUUCAUUGUUUCCUGAGUUAAAAAACAACAACAACUUGUGAAGCAUGUCAAAACCAAUUAGGAUACUAAGUUGUUUUUUUUGGUUUUGUUUUUUUUUCCUCCCACUUUAAUUUUCCUUUGACCCACCAAAGCUUAAUUAAAAUUUCUUGCUUAUUAAA